CAAAAAAAAAAAAAGUAGAAGUGAUCUGUAAACCCUAAUUUUUGAUUUGUGAGACGAACGCGAAUUGGAAUCGUCGUUUUUUUGAAAUGGCGACACAGUCAGUUAAUGCAGUGAUCGUUGAUCUUCCCGGAGAUGUAAUCGACGACGGAGACAAUUCCGAUUGUUUCAUCUUCUCCAAACCUCUCACGACUCGUGGUUCAACUAAGCGUGACGCUAUCUCCGUUGAGAGUUACGACCGUGAUCGGAAACUUCAACGUCUUUUGGUAUGCUCUCCUCACACCCCAGUCAAAUCAGAAUCUCCAAUUUACAUAGAUCUUGAUCAGUACGACGACGAUGAUGAUGAUGAUGAUGUCAGAAUCCUCUGUUUCCCACCACCAAACUUUACCAAAUUCGAAAAGGGACAGUCUUCGGCGUCAAAAACGACGGUGACCUUCGAGUGCGAGAUAUGUGUCGAAUCAAAAUCCGUAAUUGAGUCGUUUUGGAUCAGUGGAUGCUCUCACUUCUACUGCAGCGACUGCGUUUCAAAAUACAUAGCAGCGAAAUUACAAGACAACCUUCUCUCGAUCGAGUGUCCUGUCUCUGGCUGUUCCGGUCGGCUGGAGCCGGACCAGUGUCGUGGAAUCUUGCCGAGAGAGGUUUUUGAUCGGUGGGGUGAUGCUCUGUGUGAGGCAGUGGUGAUGCGUUCGAAGAGAAUCUACUGUCCGUACAAAGACUGCUCUGCUUUGCUCUUCUUGGACGAGGGUGAGAAGAACAUGAAGGAAGCGGAGUGUCCUCAUUGCCAUAGGAUGGUGUGUGUGGAGUGUGGGACUACGUGGCAUCCGGAGAUUACUUGCGAGGAGUUUCAGAAGAUGGCCGAGAACGAAAGAGGUACAGAUGAUCUUUUGCUGGCGAAUAUGGCGAAGAAGAAGAAAUGGAGAAGGUGUCCUUCCUGCAAAUUCUACAUUGAAAAGUCUCAAGGCUGCUUGUACAUGAAGUGCAGGUGUGGAUUGGCGUUUUGCUACAAUUGUGGAACACCAUCUAGGGACCAUUCUCAUUAUUGUUAUAAUUGUAAGCGUUGAUAUAUUAUUAGCACUGUUAUUAUCUAUGUCUUUAAAGCUAAGGUUAAGCUUUAUGGAUAUGGAUUUCUAUUUGGUCAAAAUAUGUAUGGCUUUUAAGCCUCUUCUCUUAGGUCUAAUCUCUAUUGUUACAUCUUGUAACAUCUUUGAGGAUAUUUCUCGUUUUCUAUUCAAUACUAAUAUAUCUUCGAUUUUCUGCCAU